CCUUAUCAUGAAGUUCAUUUUAUUUUUAUUUAUUGCUCCUGUCGUUACAUCGGACUCUGUGCGUUUUUAUCUCACGAAUCCAAAUGUUAAUUCGUUAUUAUACAACGCCAAAAAUCAAUCUCCAUGGUUAGCCGCCUUCGAUUCCGAUUGUACCACAGUAUUCCUUGUCCAUGGCUGGAUGGGUAUUAUUUAUCCGCUACUAAACGAACCCCUACAAUCAACGGUGGACGCUUACCAGCAAGUGCCCACCUCAUCCGGUUGUUACAAUGUGGUCCUCGUUAUUUGGAGCGCUGCCAACACCCCGGAUUAUUUAUCGGCGGCGAAAGCUGUAGUUCCUACUGGAAACACCAUUGGCGACUUUAUUUCUAACCUCUAUCAAGAAUCCGUGCUUACUGGAAGGGUCGAUUGCACGGGUCAUAGUUUAGGUGCACAUGCUUGUGGUAAUGCUGGUAGACGUCUCAAUACGCUGGCAUUGACGCCCUUUGAAGUGAUCACUGGUCUCGACGCUGCUGGACCAGCAUUUACAUCUAUUUUAAUUCCGCUUAAUAUGAGCUCGAAAAAGUUGUCCAAGGGUAAUGCUAGGAUUGUGGUUACACUGAUGACGAACGCUGGUUUAGCCGGAACUGCUGUGCAACUGGGAGAUGUUAAUUUUAAAGCUAAUGGUGGUAGUUGUCAACCCGGAUGUGCUCCUUUGAAUUUGGUGUGCAGUCAUAUGCGUGCUGUGGCAUUAUACGAGGAAGCUGUUCUGCAUGACUGGUUUGUGGGAGAGUCUGCAUGUGGGGAGACUGCUGUGUUCGGCAGGUCUAUGUCAUUGAAUGUGGUGCCAGGUAGCUAUGGAUUCACGACUGGUUCCAAUCCGCCUUAUGGACAGUGCAAUCAAUAAAGAUCUUUCAGAUGUAGCGGUAAUCCUAAUCUGGCAUUAUGGUCAAAUAGAUUUUGGAAAUGUCCUUCCUACUUUUCUUUUCAUUUCUUCCUUCGACUAAGCUGGUCGGAGACUUUUUUUUACGUGAUAUAUGCAAUACGUUGCUAUGGCAUUUUCUAAAGAAGGUGUGGUGUUUUUUUUCUUCGAAAAGUUGUUUUAUGAUUAUUUAAUAAAAGGUCACAAAACCGAACCGAACCGAAACGCUAGGCAAAGAGUGAGCCACGUAGGAGAAUCGUAAAUUUUCCUUUUUUUGGGUUACCAUUCCAGAAAGCAAACUCGUAAAGAGAAUUUAUGAAAUUUUCUUGCGCUUCCCUGCAAAAGCUUGCUACAUUAAAAGCUGAAAAAUAAUAACGCGUGAAAUUAUUACCAGAUUUUGACUUUGUUCUAGUUUUAAAUUGAAAAAUACAAAAAUGUGAAUUAAAGUAGUUUAUGACACUCUGUUAACAUGUCCCAAGAGUUCUAUUCAUUUUUUUGGCGGUAGUGGUGGUGUACAUUACCAAGCGAACGGGUGUGGAACAGCUCUAGAUAGAGUGGACCGUUGUUCAUGCCCAGGAGGACUAUACACAAAACCGAGGGCUAUUCUCUUGAGAUGAUGACAAAUGGAGUAAAAUCGAACGGACCGCCGAAACGCAGAUAAUUUGGUUUUAGUCAGCAGAAUUUCGACCUAAACAAAUUUUAUAAAAUCAAAAAUGCUCGAAAUGUAUUAUGCGGUUAGUUUGGCAUCUUUCCGGUUGGUGAGGAUGUUUGAAAGGCAAAAACUUUGGCUAGGCAUCUGGAUCAUGUUUUGAUUCGGUAAAAAACAAACUUAACCUAGAAAAACGAACAUUUGGAAAAGCGUAGGAAAUCUAGUAAGCAGAAAAAAGUGGGACGACCGGAAGUCAGGUCAUUAAAUUGAUUUUGCCGGAACAAACAUUUUUUUCUGUAUCAAUUUGCGCAAGUCAUUAACU